GUCUCAGUCUCGCACCGAAACACAUACAGCUCUCAUGGCAGCGGAGCAGUUCCUUCAACCAAUCUGUUAACAGGUGUUUAAACAAGCGACAUUUAGCUCAGAAACUCAUGAGAGUGCACAUCGUCUGUUGAUGGUGAUACCUGAACUGGAAAAUACAUACGUUUUGGAGAUGAGAAGUUCAUAAUCUAACAGCUGGGAGAGUUUCGUCUGAUUUGCUAUCCUGUACAAUGAUGGAACAGGAAGAACUGCUGGACUUCAAAGCCCUAAGGGCAAAGUUCCUGCAAGAAGAUGCCCUGAAGCUGAUGAAUAAACCUGCCAUUCCGCAAAAGCCAAAAGUCAUCCCCCCUCCCCCCAGUGGCACGCGUGUGACUCUCAUCUCUUCCAUCAACGCUGCCGUGGAGAACAGAAUGGCGCCCCGUGUGGUCUUCAAAGAUGACAAGCUGCCGCAGACCCUGAAACCCACAUCCCCACAGUUGGCAGCCCCCGAAUCCAAAGACAAACAGCCCAGCGUAAAGCCGGAACUUGUUGACAAAAAACAGAAGAGAGAGGCGGACAUUAUCAUGCAGGCAAUGAAAGACAAGAAGCUGCCCAUGGUCCUCCCAGUGACCGUGCCAGCCCCAACUCCUGAGCCUGCCUCCCCAACACAGCCAACCAAACCUGCCACCCCCAAGAAGAAGAGGAUUUCCUUCUUCAAAAAGCCUCUAAAGCCUGCAAAAGUCAAGGCAGGAACUGUCGAAAGUGUAUCACCCCCAAUCUCACCAAGCCCACUCAGUCCACCAUCCAGUGGCUCCACCCCAGUGGUUGAUGCACCUGUGGCUCAGAUAGCUCUCAUCCCUCCCAUUCCAGUCAUACCUACACCUCCCAGUUGUCCUGAUCCAGUCAUCCCAGAGGCAGCCAUAACUGCUCCUGAUGUUCUACCUCUGGAUGUUCCAGAAAUUUCUCCCCCAAGCAUUCUGCAGCCAAAGGUUCCUGCCCCUGAAGAUGCUGCACUGCAGAUUCCUGAUCCAGAACUUCCUGCCUCUGAAACCACUGUUUUGUCUGUUCUUGAUUUGGAAAGUUCUACCCCUGGAAUUGCUAUAGAAGCCAUUCCAGAGCCGGACAUCCCAGUUCCAGAUAUUCUGACCCAAAUUGCUCCUGAGGUAGCAGAGGUACCAGAACUUGACUUUUCUGUGUCAGAUAUCCCAGCUCCAGAAAUUUCUGUUCAAGAUGAGCCAGCUUUGGAGAUUUCAGAGUUAGAUAUUCCAACCCCAAUCAUCCCGCCUCCAGAAAUUCCAGACUCAGAUGCUCCUGAUCCAGAAAUUUCAGAUCUAGUUAUCCCGGAUCCAAUCAUUCAAGAUGUGGAUGUUACCGACCCCAGUAUUCCAGAUGUAACUUCUCUUGAUCCACCAGCCUCCUUUUUACCCACCCCCUCAAUUCCAGCCUCUGUCAGUCUGGCUGUAUCUAGAACUCCCUCUCCUGAACAAGUUGCCUCUCCUGAGGCAGCCUCCACCCCCCUUCCUCUAGAGUUUCCCCCAGCACCUGUAGAAUUUGCUGAGGUGGAGGAUGCUGCUUCAGAAACACAACAGGAAAGUAGUAGCGCUUCCACAGAAGAAACACCUGGGGAACCUCUGUGUCCUACCCCCACCAAACCUGUAUCGGCCCUCUCGGUCCUGGAGAGAGCAGAGGAGUCCUCCCCCGAGAAACGGACCACGCCUAGUGACCAGAGAAUACUCGACCUGCUGGAAAAGGCCAAGAAGAAACAUGCAGGCAAGGCAGUCAGAACCCCUUCCCCCUCUCUGUCCCCGUCUGUUUCGCCCAUCCCGCCUGUCCCGCCCGUCAGGAUGACCCCCACCCAGGCUGACCACACCCCCUCGGUCAGUCCCACACUCUCGCUGCCUGAGCUCCCCCCAGUUGAUUAUGAAAACUCAACCGAGAAGGCUGGGGCAGACCAGGGACAACCAGUGUCUCUGGUGAACGGUUUCGAUCACAGACAAGUUUCUCCCAUUUUGGAGGAGCCAGCGAUGGAGGAGGCACAAGCAGAGGUUCACCCAGCCACCCCAGCCAGAAAGCCCUUGCCUCCUAUACCAUCCCUGGGCCCGUCUCCUGACAAACCUCAUCGGCCUCCUGUAGUGGACCUCAGCCCUUAUCAACUCAUCAGCCAGAUCCCAGAGCCCCAGGAGGAGGAUGUGGGGACUCCAGCUCCAGAGGACUUCAGCCAAGAGGAGCCGGUCGUGGACGCCCGGAACCUUUUGGCAGUGGUUCCAGAAUGCGAAGACGUUCAACCACCAGAGGUGGAAAUUCCUGAGUGCGGAAUCUCCGAGUCAUCCACUCUUGAAGAGGCUGUGUCCAGUGCAGAGCCCGAGGCUCCAGAGGAGGCUCUCGGAGCUUUGGAUGAGGUCUAUGAAGACACAGAGCUUGGACCUCCAGUGGCCGAGCUCCCAGACACAGAAGCAGCGGCUGCAGAAGCACCUCCGGACACACUGGACUCGCCAGUUAGUCAAGACGCCAAGAUGCCAACCAGACCACAGGAGAGCCCACCUGAAACCACUGACCUGACAACCAAUAAGAAAAAAAGCAAGAAGCGCAAGUCCCCACCAAAAAAUCCCUAUGCUGAUUCGCAGCCUGCGCCUGAAGAAACCCAGAAGUCUGGAUGGUUCAAACCCAAAAAAAGCAGCGCUGAGAUUGCUGAAGAAAAGGAGCAAAAGAGGAGAGAGAAACAAUGGGAGAAAGAGCGCGAGAAGGAGCGAGAGAGAGAGAAGAAAGAGCAGAAAGAGAGAGAAAAGAAGGAAAAUGAAAUGAAAAAGAAGUUCAAGAUUACAGGCCAGGAGGAGCCCAUGUAUGAGGCAAAGGUCACUGUGGACUGUAAGGGCAAAAACAACGAUCUGCCGGUCAAAAACGGAGACCUGGUGAGCAUCAUUCGUACCACCAACUGCCCUAAAGGGAAGUGGCUGGCCAGGGACAGCACCAACAAAUAUGGCUACAUCUCUGUGAAGAGCGUGGAACUGGACAUUAAGGAGAUGCUGGAGCUGGGUAAGAAGGUGAAGACACUGAGUCGCGCCAACGCCAACAGCCAGUUGGACGGAGAACCCCAAAACCUGGACAGCGGGAUGUCUAACCACUAUGAACUCAGUCAGAGCUAUUCAGAUGAUGACGAGUGGAAUGACGAUGAUGAGCAUGAGCCGCACUCUCCCACUGAACUCAGUAACUCUAUGGACAAUGGACUGUACAGCACACUGUCCAUUCCUGAUACAGUGAGUGCAGAGCCAGAGUCUCUAGAACAUAACCUAAGUGAUGCCAACACCAAGAACCCACAAAUGCAUGCUCGACACGAAGCACUUCAGAAACUGUCUACCUUUUUUAAGCAGCCUGCAUCUGAUGACACCACGCUAGACAACAACCCAAUUACGGAGAACAAGCCAAGCACUGAAGCCCGUUUGACCAGCAGCUUUACAGAGGAAGUUAACCCCGAAGUCCCUGACAUAGAGGUCUUGCCACCGCCAGACCUUUAUGCCGACGUCAUCACUGAGGAAUCUCUAUACACGUAUAGCAAUUAGCAUGCUGCGGAUGAGCAGCGAAAAUAACUCUACUGUGAAUCAUCAGUCAUGUAUCUCUAUACCUGCCUGAGCUGGGUAAACAUAUCAGUCAUGGCUGGGAUGCCUCGGAUGUCAUGUGAGCCAAACACUUGCACGCAUUAUAGACUCACGCUCGUGUCCUGGAGUGAGGGAGUGGAGUGGAUGGGUUCACUUUCCCCCCUGGAGAUUAUCUGAUUAGAGGUUUCGCUGCUAUAGUAGCCACUUUUCUUUUACGACAUGUGUGGAAAAGGCUUUAGGUGAUAUAUGGUGAAGUGAGUUGUCUGGGGACUGGGUCCGGAUAUAGCUGUCACAAGAAGAACCUGUUCCUCGGAAUCCUCUAUGCCCGGUGCAUAAUUAGCCUGGCUAGCGCCACCACUUCUCAAUGAGACGUGGUCUGGGAACCAAACGUUCAUUUUCUCGUAUUUGAA